UGGGCGGGCUAGGAGUGUACGGUGUGAGCGAACGCUCAGUGGCACAGUGAGUGAGCGAGGAGUAAGGUUGUGCAGUGCGUAUCUGUGGCGUUCCUUCUGUGCCAUCACAACAAUAGUACACAGUGCGAUUGUUAACUGGUGGCAACCACACACAUCUCCAAAAGGAUUAUUUCGUCAGUAGUGAACAUUGUGAAUGGUGUUACUGUUAACGAGCUGUUUUCUCGCAUUGAAGGGGGGUACAUUCUUCUCUUUUUGUUCCAAGUGUGAAUGCAAAUUAUUUGUGAAUAUUUUUUCCCAAAUAUUUUUAGGUGGAACUGCAACAGAAAUACAGUUUUUGUGUGAUAUAUUCCAAAACCGUGUAUUUUAAUAUUUUUUUUACCCGAAUACGGAUGUGUUUACUUUAAGUUUUGUGUUUCGUGUGUCGGUAAUUUUUUGAUCGUCGGAAUUGGUGCUCUUACCGCCAUUGUCAGAUCAAUUUUGAAAUAUUAUCUGCGCAGUAAUAGAGAUUUGUUGGCGUCUUGACCCCGGUGUUUGUGCAAAAAGCUGGAGGGACACUUGCAAAGUGUAUGGUUUCGAGUGCUGAAUGCUGCAGCCAGCGGUACAUCUUCUGCGGCAGGUUUCUUGGGGUUAACAAGUCAUCACGACCGUGGGGGCGGCGGAGGCGGCGGGGGUUUAACAGCCGCGUCCUUGUCUCGUUUACCAUCUCAAGCUAGUGUCAGCAACAGCAACAGUUCUACCGCUUCUGCAGGACCACGGAGGGCCAGACACAGCAGCAACAAUAGCCACAGUAGCAGAAGCAGCACCCCUGCGGGAAGUGCAGCGUCGGCGGUGUCAGGAGGUCGGGGGGCCAGCGGCAGUAAGAUGCGCUGCUGACAUAAGAUGUACCCCACCGCAGGAAUGAACGCGGCGGCAGCAGCAGCUGCGGCGGCGGCACGGCACCCGGGUCCGCCACAACCGGGGCAGCCCUUUAAGUUCACAGUCGGUGAAUCCUGUGACCGCAUAAAGGAAGAAUUCAACUUCCUUCAAGCACAAUAUCACAACCUUAAGUUGGAGUGCGAAAAGUUGGCGAGUGAAAAAAUAGAAAUUCAAAGACAUUACGUGAUGUACUACGAAAUGUCGUAUGGGCUUAACGUGGAAAUGCACAAACAGACGGAGAUUGCGAAGCGCCUGAACGCCAUGAUCGCACAGAUAUUGCCGUUCUUAUCUCAGGAGCACCAGCAGCAGGUGGCCACCGCGGUGGAGCGCGCCAAGCAGGUCACGAUGACUGAGCUCAACGCCAUCAUUGGGCAACAACGCCCUGACCUACCUCGAUUAUUGCAGCAAAUGCAUGCGCAGCAGUUGCCACACGCUGCCCAUGCCCCUCCGAUCCCUAUGAUGCCCCAUCCGGGGCUACCCGGCCCACCAUCUACUGCCGCCAGUCUGCUAGGAUUGUCAGGAGCCCUAGGGCCGGGUGCACAUCCGCUAAGCAUGCUGGGAGCAAAACCGGAUCUGCAUCGAGAUGACGUCAAAUCGAACAGCGGGCUCAACUCAGCUGAAGAGCGGCAUCGAAACUCAAUCUCUCCAGCGGAGAGGGAGAAAUACCGACCAAGGAGCCCUCCGGAAUCUGAGCACAAAAAACUAAAAAAGGAAGAAAAAGACUGCCAUGCAAGUGAUGGGGAGAAGAGUGACCAGGAUCUUGUAGUGGAUGAUGCCAGUGAGGAGCCUGUGUCCCCUCCAAACGGGACAGCAUCUCCUCGAGAGAAUGGUCUGGACAAGCUUGCACCCAAGAAAGAACACGUUGGCCCACAUAGUCCUCGGAGUGGAACAUCUUCAAAUGCGAGUACACCAUCGACUAAGAAACUGGAUGGUGAAAAACCAACAACACCUAUCUCAAAGUCAGUGACUCCAACCAGCGGUGGUAGUGGGAGCAGUACAGCAGCUGGUGCCAGUGGACUUAAACCUGUGGUGAAAGCACCUUCAUUGGCACAGUACCCACACUACCUGGGUCCAGCAGCACCCCAUGAACUGCAGGCUGCAGCAGCAGCAGCAGCAGCUGGAGCAUAUGGGGCAGCAUUACACAACAACCUACCACCUGGGCUGAACUCUUACCCUCGCCCAGCUCUUGUUAACUAUGAUCCUCAUCCACAGAUGCGUGCCCCUCUUGGACCAGGACUUGGAACCAUUCCAGGUGGAAAACCGGCUUACUCAUUUCAUGUAAGUGCAGAUGGACAGAUGCAGCCUGUGCCAUUUCCUCCAGAUGCGCUGAUUGGGCCAGGGAUUCCCCGCCAUGCUCGUCAGAUCAACACAUUGAGUCAUGGAGAAGUGGUGUGUGCAGUCACAAUCAGCAACCCGACAAAGUAUGUCUAUACAGGUGGCAAGGGUUGUGUCAAAGUCUGGGACAUCAGCCAACCUGGCUCAAAGAGCCCUGUCUCCCAGCUUGACUGCCUGCAACGGGAUAACUACAUCCGGUCAGUUAAACUAUUGCCAGAUGGCCGGACACUCAUCGUGGGUGGAGAAGCAAGCAACUUGAGUAUUUGGGAUCUGGCGUCUCCUACACCCCGCAUCAAGGCAGAGCUCACCUCUAGUGCCCCUGCAUGUUAUGCUCUGGCAAUUAGUCCGGAUUCUAAAGUAUGCUUCAGCUGCUGUUCAGAUGGCAACAUUGCAGUGUGGGACCUUCACAACCAGACGCUAGUACGUCAGUUCCAAGGUCACACAGAUGGUGCAUCAUGUAUUGACAUUUCUGCAGAUGGAACCAAAUUAUGGACUGGUGGACUAGACAAUACUGUCAGGUCUUGGGAUCUCCGGGAAGGUCGGCAAUUACAGCAGCAUGACUUCUCAUCACAAAUCUUCUCUUUGGGCUAUUGUCCCACUGGCGAAUGGCUUGCUGUUGGCAUGGAGAACUCCAAUGUUGAAGUUCUACAUGCAGCCAAACCUGACAAGUAUCAGUUGCACCUCCAUGAGUCCUGUGUCCUCUCUCUUCGCUUUGCUGCAUGCGGGAAGUGGUUUGUUUCAACUGGAAAAGACAACCUUCUCAAUGCUUGGAGGACUCCUUAUGGGGCAUCCAUAUUCCAGUCAAAGGAAUCCUCUUCUGUUUUAAGCUGUGACAUCUCAGCAGAUGAUAAAUAUAUCGUCACAGGUUCUGGUGACAAGAAGGCAACAGUAUAUGAAGUUAUCUACUGACCUCAUUCUGGAUUAUGCCACAUGUCCUAACAAGAUGGUGACCUACAAACUUCAGGGGGAUAAAGAAGAAUUCUACCUUCAGUGUGAAAGAUUUAGAUUGUUAAUCAGCUUCAAGACAGAAGUGGGAAAUAUAAGGACUUUAUACCGGUGAUUGAAUAGAAUAAAAUGAUGUGCAAAGUGUAAAAAUGUUACUGUUUGCUUUAUUGCCAGUUUCCUUUUAAGAAGUUAGAUGACUCAACUUCCGGGCAGAAGCAGGAAAUACAGGAACUUUAUGCUUGUGACUGAAUAGGAUAAAAGAUGUGAAAAAUGUAAAAAUGUAACUCUGUUUGCUUCUUCGUCAGUUUCCUCUUAAAGAGCUGUACUGGCUGAAGUUAAGUACUGUGUAAGGAACAAGACUGGAAUAAUGACUGUGCUUUGAUGUUGUAACAGUGGCAGUGCAUCUAGUUUCACUUAAGUCUGCAUCUCUGUGAAGAAUUGCAUGGAACAGGGCUGAACAACACAAUAAUCUCUGUACAAGGCACAUUUAUGUGAAGGUCCCACUUAAGGCUGUGUGGGCAUGUGGAUGAAGAAGAAGAGAGACUGAAGUUGAACUUAGAAGUUUCGUGUGAAGUGUGUAUUGCUGUAGUGGAAGCUACAGUUGGAUUCCACCAUCACCAUUAAUCCAGAAACUUUAUCAGAAUUUGGAAGUGUUUUAUUGCUUCCUUUGGUGACAAAUAUAACAGACAAUCCAGUCUAUGCACAUUAUCAUGGAUUGAUUUCAAAACUUGUCAGGGAAAAAAAGAGAUAUAUAGCAGGAUGAUAUAAAUGUGAAGAGAAAUCAUGAGUAAAACUUAUUUAAAAUGAAGAGAAGUAAAUAACAAAUAGGGGCCUACUGUAUAGAGAAAUAAUAUGGCACCAUGCCUUUUGUUUUUUAAUUGUUUGUUGACACACAGAAUUUUAUCAAUGUCGUGAAACCUUUAUGAAAUGUUUUAUCCAAAAUCCAUUGUCCCUUGAAAAGAAAUAUGUGUGUAUGUGGAUAAUAAGUUUUAUUUUGCUUACAGUAAGACCAAAAUGUGGAAAAAUUUCCUGUUAGUACCUUGUCAUUAUCUUCCCAGUUUUGGAACAUUAGUGUGGAAAUGCAGAACUCCUUCCUGAACUUCUGAAUUAUGUUACAAACUUUAGAGCUCUUGUGUUCACAGGUAGCCAUAUUCUGAAGAAAACAUUUCAUUUUAUUAUAUUUUGUUUGAACUCCAAAAUCUGGUGUUCAGAUGCAUCUUGGGUUUAAUUUCAUUAACCAAAAUAUAUUUGGCUCUGGAUUAAGUUUUAUGUCGGUUUACAUGUUCCAUUAUGACUAGGAUUGAAGUGUCUAAUAAGUUUUUCCUAUACAAGUGUAGAAAACUGAAAAGAAACGAUACAAAAUUGUUAUUUUACACCUCAAUGGGGAAGGAUUACAACACAGAAAAAUGAUUUGAGCACUAAGAUUGCAACUUUGGGAGGGGUUUGAUACAUUUAUUGCCAGUGUGGAGCCUGUUAACUCGUAAAAGUGAAAUUCAGUAAUAAUUCAGUAGUCAUUUUCCUUCUGAAUAAGGCUCAGAUAUUAUAAACAAACACAUUUCUAUCUUGCAGAACUCAGUUCCUUUUCUCCUCUUUAAUAAGAGUUUCUUGAAAGACUUGGAAAGCUCCCAGAUAUCUGUAACACACUUCAGGGAUUGUCCUUAAAGGCAUCAAUUGAUUAUUUUUAAGAAAUAAGUAAGAUGGAUUGUUAUGAUCAGUAGCACAAAUCAACAUGGUACCUCAAAAGUGAUGGCAGCACAAGAUCAUACAACAUAAUAACAAUAGUAUUCAUUACACAGUUAUAAUGUAAUAUUCACAGCCCCUUGACCAGUGACACAAGUAUUUACUUCAGUCAUUUUAUUUCCCCCCAUGGUGGCACAGAUGCUUACUGUGAUAAGUGUAAAUACUAGAGGAAGCUUGAGUCUGCAGCCUGUGAUGAUUGAGUUGAUUUCUUUGCUUGCACAUUGUGAGAAACAAAAAACCAUAUUCUACCUCACAAAUUUAACAGUUAAUGAAUUUCCUUUGACUUGAACUUCCAAAGUGAUAGCUGAGAGUGACAAAAGAAUGUUGAGCUAUUACAAGAAGCUUUCACAGAUAGUUUAUUUUCAGAUUACAGCAGCAGUGAAGCACCCCCCACUUUUUUGAAGUACUGGUGAUUGAAUGUGCUCUUCUUUUCUAGAAGGAACACUACCAUGAACAGUGCGUGUAUAUAGAAAUACCCUACAUAAUGCAAAUGUGGAAUGAAAUAUUGAUGGGAUCAGUUCCUAUGAUAAUUACAUCCAAAUUUUUGUAUUUAUCCCAGUUCUUUCUAUUCAUUCCUUGGCAGUUUGUUCUCAAGACUCACUAAAAGAACAAAAGUAAAUUUAAACAUACACAAAUUUCUUGCAUCAGAAUUCUUAAUCGUUUUGUAUUUUAAAAGAGUUACUGUGUUAGGGCAGCAUAUUUUUGUUGCAAUAUGUAAUGAGGCAUUUUCUUUGUGAACGAUAAACUAUCUAUUACCUGAAA